AUGGACAUGCCACAGCUCUUUCCAGCCCUGUCAACAAUGUCGCAGGCAGCACUGCUUGACUUGUUACAGCGCAGCACCUCUCAGGAAACGGAGCAGGGAAGACUUUUUGCCAGUAGAAGCCAGUGGCAUGACUUCCGGUCCGCCCUGAAGCAGAGCCUGUCAAUCCUGGGCAGGCUGCUGUCCCUGUGGAAGACUUCCAUCCAAACUGUGGAGGCCAAGCAUGGCUCAAAUGUGUCACUGACGCUGUACUUCUUGCGAUUUGCUCUGGGAAUAAACGCUGCUCUCUGUCUCUUUUGGCUGGGCGGCACUGUCAUUCCUUUCAUGAUCAGUCCACCACCAACAUUCUCGUGGUCCUACUUCAAAACAUACCGACCACUUGAUCUCCUGCAAGGCUACGGCUUGCACAACACAUUUUUGCUGUAUGGCGGGUAUAAUUAUGGUGACAACAUUGGAGGCAAAGGCGACUUUCGUCUGGACCUGAGCUUCCCACUUGAGAUUGUGGCAGCCUUCUUCUUCAGCCUCGUUAUGCUGCUGACCACCAUCCACAAGAGACUGCAGGGUGCAGGCGAUGGGGCAUUUGUCGGCCAAAACAAGCUCUUCCCAUUCUCCACUGUUGUGUUCACUUCCUGGGACUAUCACCUGACAGAUGCAAAGGCUGCGCGCAACCUGCGCAAUUCCAUCCGCAACCAGCUCGCUGAGAUGGUCUUUGAUGCCCAGCUGGCAGAUGCUUACAUCUCCAAGUCCACAAGGAUCACCUCCAUCAUGCUGAAGGCAAGGCUUGCAUUUGGCCUGGUCAUCGUGUGGCCUGUGAUGGUCGGGGGCACAGCCAUAGCAGUGUAUUUGAUCAUCACAAACCAAGACGCCAUUGCUCGCUACUUGGGGUUUGGGUUUGCCAGCACAGUCAUGCUGUCACUGGUCACUGUCAUCAGCCAGAUGCUCGUGCACAUGACAGUUGUGGCUGAAAACUGGCAUCCCCGCCAGAGGACUAACGUAGAGGCACUCAAGCUUCUGUCUAUCAAGCUGAUCAACACAGCCACUCUAGUUUACCAAUUAUAUAGAAUACAGACCAGUGUCUCAGGGGAGACCACAAGCACUGCAAAGGACGCCAGCACUUUCCAGACGUGCAAUCUUGGCCUAGGGCGAGUGCAGGCAGAUGCUUCCUGCAGCAAAGGCUACCUUUGUUGUGAUGCAAGUUGUGCGGCGGCUGUUGUGCAGCCAACAUUUGAGAGCCAUUGCGUCCCAGGAUGUGCGGAGAACUUGAUUGGUCUAAUCUUCUACAGGCUGGUGUUGACCAACAUGGCAACGCUGAACCUGGUGGACGUUCUGAUGGCGUGCAUGUAUCGCUUGCUUGGAAUGGCUGUGACCUUUGACCCUCCAGCGGUGGUCAUUCAGAUAAUCGAUACCGAGGUGCUCGUCUGGCUAGGCAGCAUGUAUGCGCCUCUGUUGCCAUUCUUUGGCCUGGUGUCCAACAUCGUCCUGUUCAACACAAAGAAGUUCCUGUCGCUGUACCUGUACACACCGCCAAAGGAGCGCUACUCAGCCUCGCGCACAAAUGUGCUGGUCUACACCCUCAUGCUGGGUAUCUUGACAGCUUGCAGCGUUCCCAUGGUUUUCAACCUUCAGUAUGGGCGCAAAUACUGCGGCCCUCACCAGGGCAUAAGCCAGACCAGUGCACUCAGCACUGCAGUCAGUCACGGACCUAGGGUGCUCAACAAUAUUCUCACGUGGGCUAUCUCUCCAUUUGUGCUGGGGGGUCUGUGUGUUGUGUUGGGCUUCUUUCUUUUAGUGACUCAGGGACAGCGCUCCCACUUCAAAAAAGACAAGGAGCACCUCCGUUUGGAGUUUGAGCAGUAUCGUCACCAGAUGCAAGCAAAGGUGCUCAUUGCAAGGAAGCUUAAAGGCAGGUCCUUGUCAAUAGUAUCUCAGACUAGCUCAGAAGGAUCGAAAGACAUGCGGAUCACCGCCGCAGUUUAUGUUGGAGCGUUCAGGGCCAUCACGGCCUGUGUCCCAUUUGGCCAGCAGUUCAAGUGAUGCUGCGCAUCUCAACAAAGCAUCCAAGCAACCACAUGUCUAGAACAGUGAUUGUAAGGCUUGGCAAGUU